UUGCCGAGCAAAACGGAGAACGUGUCGAGGCCGGUUAUGAUAUUCAUACAUCCGGGCGGGUUUUACAGUUUCUCGGGCCAGAGUGUUCUGUGGGGACCGCAAUACAUAAUGGAUCAAGACAUCGUCUUGGUCACGAUCAAUUAUCGUCUCGGAGCGUUAGGUUUCCUAAGUACCGGUGACAGCUUGCUGCCAGGCAACAUGGGCCUGAAGGACCAGGUUGCAGCUUUUCGUUGGGUUCAAAGGAAUAUCGGCGCGUUCGGUGGCAAUCCGAACUCCGUUACCUUGGUGGGUGACAGCGCCGGAAGUUUCAGUAUAAUGCUGCACAUGGUGUCGCCGAUGUCCACAAACCUGUUUCACAGAGCAAUCUGUAUGAGCUCUUCGGCUAUGGGUCCGGAUCCUUAUUCCACUAUUUCGCAAAAUGGGCAGAAAGAGCUCGCUAAAAA